GUGUUGGGGAUCCACCCUGAGCAGAGGGAGGACGGGGGAGGAGUGGAGGUGAGAACGGAUCACUUUGGGAUAAAAGUUGCAGCAGCAGACGUGAAAACCUCCAACGAAGUAGCAGUUUGUAGAGUCAGAGAGAGACGUUCUGCUGACAGGUGCACCUGCUGAAGCUAAAUCCACGUGGGACAGAUUUCAGACGGAGGAUCGACGGCGCUGAACAGAACCACAGCAGCAGAAUGACUGCAGCCACAAAGCUUCUGGAUGAGAUGUGCCACCUGACGGCUCAGUCUCUCACACGAAUGGACACAUCGGAGCACUUCAAGGUCCUGAAGCUGCUGGGUGAAGGCUCGUAUGGGAAGGUCAUGCUGGCCGUACACAGGAAGAGAGGCACUCCAAUGGCUCUGAAGUUCUUUCCUCAUGAGUCCACGUCUCUCUUCUCCUUCCUGAGGGAGUAUAACCUCUCGCUGUCAUUCUGCACCCACCCAUCCCUGACCAGAGCUCUGGGAAUCGCCUACUCCACACCUUCACACUACGUCUUCGCUCAGCAGGCCAGCCUCUUCGGUGAUCUCUACGAUGUCAUCAUACCCGAGGUGGGGAUGGAGGACGACUGCUGUCAGCGGGUGGUGUCCCAGCUCUGUGGAGCUCUGUCCCACCUGCACUCCCUUGGUUUUGUCCACAGAGACCUCAAACCAGAGAACGUCUUCCUGUGCGACUCUGCCUGCCGAUGGGUCAAACUGGGAGACUUCGGCAUGGUGAAGGCCAGAGGAACCAGGGUCUCGGAGGUCUGGUACAGCUCCCCUUACUGCACCCCUGAGGCUGAGAUCGCUCGAGGAAAUGAGGACAGUUGGAACAGCAUAAAUGAUGGGAAGGAUGGCUUUAAGGGGGCUGAAGAGAAGAAGAAGACCAGAGUGUGGGUGUCGGUGGAGCCCAGUAUCGACAGCUGGGCUCUGGGAAUCCUGACGUACGUGAUGCUCACCGGCAGCCACCCCUGGGCUGAAACCACCAGCGACUGUCACUCAUUCCGAAAAUAUCAAGAAUGGUUUGACAGAGUGAAAAGCCCCGAUGAUGAGCUGGAUGUUUGGAUGGAACCACAAUCAAAGAACAUGCAGGAGGCCACAGAUUUAGAAGAAGAAGGACUUGGAAAGAAGGAUCAUCUUCCCAUUGCGCCCCAGUUUGCUUGUUUCACCCCUCUGGCCCACUCCUUCUUCCAGUCGCUCCUCGACCCGAGGCCAAGGCUUCGUGGACGACCGGAGGAUGCGUUGAGUUUCCUUGGAGGAGACUGGAUGAUGGAGAAGGAGAGGAUGAGGCUGGAGGAGGAGAGGAAGAAGAGUAGAGGGAAAAGUACAAUCAGAAACAUGAAAGAGAUGGAGGGGAGAGGGGAGCGAUGAGUAAAGACUUAUUAGAUUGAUGAAGAAACAGUGAUGGUGUGUUGACUGCUGGUGAACUUUGUAACCGUCUUUGUGACUUCUGUUGCAUUGAGCUCCUUCAGUUCCUCAGUGAACCAUCGGGUUUUGCUGGUGAAAUAAACAGUGAUGGGAAAUGGUGGAUGGAGUGUAAAAUAAAAGGAAAAAAAUCACCUCCCACACUUUUAACCUCUUCAAACAUCAGGAGAGAAACUUUGUAAAAAAAAAAAAAAAACCCUUGUUAAAUGAAAGCAGCACAGUUUAUGGGAAAUCUAGUGUUUGGCAAACUGUAGACCUGCGGGACGCCGACAGCUGCUUCCAUUGCUUUAGAUAAUUGAAAGCAUUUACUACAGCGCUGAGUGUAAAUAUCAGACUGAGAAAGACAUGGAAGCAGUGUAACAACAGCUGCUCCUCUGCGGAUUAUGUGUGUUUAGUAGUGCUGUAAUGCUAUCAUGUCCUUGUAAAAGAUUCCGACUUUAGCACAUCGCUGCUAUAUUUAGGCUUUCAGAGUGUAAGGACGUCAUAGUAGGCUGUGAACUGUAUAUAGACUGCAGUAGCGUUAAGCAAUAAACAUGUCAGAGCUCCAGUUUAGACGUAACCACAGCGGGGUUUUUUUUACUUGUAUUUAAAAACUAAAAAGCUUUUCUAAAAUAAAACUUUGUCAGCAAUGUGAAAGUAGCUCCAAGCAUGCAACUUCUAACCCUUUUUUUGUAUUUUAUCAUAUUAGCACUGAGCUGUUAGCUUUUACAUUUUGCACAUAGCUACAAAAAAAUUAUCUUCUCUUAUUGUUGGUUCUUAUAAACCAAUAAAUCUGUUAAAUUCGA